CCGAUCAAGUAAAUGAUCAAGAAAAAAGUCGGCUCAGUUUCAUAAGCUCAAUUUCGAAUUUUCGGCCACCGGAGACGAUUUUAGAAAUAGGAACUAGAGGGAAAAAAAAGUCAUCACUUACCUCACCUAUAAUAAAACAACGUAAAGAAACUGUAGUGAAGGCGACAAUAAAUACAAAGGAAAUGCAAACAAAUUGUGAAAAUAUGCCCAAUGAUUAUGAAGACGAAACAAAGGCUCUAACACCUAGUAUAACCAAGAAACGAAAGACCGAUGAUUCUACUAAAAUUUCUAAAAGACAGAAAAAAGAUAAUUUUCGAGAUGAGGAAUACUAUAUUCCUCAUUAUCAAAAAGAUGCAAAUACAGAAAAAGGAUAUUCAGUAAAUCAAGGCAUAUCUUUCGCUGAGGAAUCAAAAAGAGCUCUUUUUGGUCAUCAAAAUGAUGAACAGAUUCCGGGUGUAAAUAAAAAGAAAGGUUUAAGAUGGGAUGGUAAAAAGAAGAACUUUGUUCGUGGUGAUGGCAUAGGGUCUGACAACAAAAAAUUUAUUAUCAGUGAAAAUGGAACAAAGUUACCGGCUACAUACAAAAGCGGGAGGUUCACAGAGUGGCAACAGCAACAUAAGUUAUUAAUACCUCGUACUGGAGAAGAAGAAAUACAAUCAGCACGUUUUGACGUUAAAAAGUUUCGUCACAAAGCAACUAAUUCUUCCGAACCCUUGGAUCCUCUUGCAACGAAUCACGGGAAAAAACAAAAGAAUUUGAAAAAAGCAAAUUCCCGAAAUUCUGUCAAGGCCAAGAAUGAACUCAAAACUGUAGAACAAAUUUGCAAGCAAAGAAGAAUAAAAGAAAAGCGAAGGUCUAAAAAUGCGAGACCUAGUCGAAAGGGACGGCUCAAAAAGAAGUGA